UUUCCAAUAGGAUAAUUAGCAGCAAAAUCAAAUGAGUUCGCUCUUUCGCAGCCUCAACUUCGCAACGAAACGUGAAAAUGCAGUAAAAGAAGCGCUAAUAAAUACAUUGAAUGAAAAUGCGCGAGAAAUUGAGUUUGAAGUCAAACAGAAGGGUCUGGAAUGUGUGGAGUUAUGCGAACAAACAAGCGGGCUAUGCACCACCCUGGAAGCGAUUUUUUUACACGGACUGAAAGAUUCCUUCUUAUGGGCCACUAUCAGUGUUAUAGCAGGAGACGUAGAAAGACGUCCGGAGCCCAGUUUCUGGGCGCCAGUUAUGGUUUUCAUGCACAAGCAAGUAAUCGAACAAAUUCAGAGCUUAAGUCAGAUUACAUCAGAGAUUGGACAAUGUCGUGCUUGGGUGCGCCAAUCACUGAAUGAAUCCGUCUUCUCUGCUUAUUUAAAUAACAUACGUAAAAAUGGGUCGGCGUUGCGACCAUACUACAAAAAUUUGGCCCUGCUGAAAGAUGGUGAUGCCCUGGACACGGUCAUAAAGAUUAUGGAGAGCCUGGAGGCCUAUGUGCAAUUUUCUUUACCCGUUAACUCAAGUCUGCUUAACCAAUGGCCCGAUUAUGCGCUACAAUUAUCUGGCUUAUGGACGCCGCCACUUAAAUCAUGCCCGAUUAGCAGUGGUGUGGACAUUGCCGGUUCUAUACCCGCCGAUACCGUGCCCAUACCUACACCGCAGCCUGUGCGUACUAACGAAAUUUUCUCAGAAUCCAUUUCCAACAGUCCAUUCAGACGUGGCUUAAAUUUUGGUGUCAGCGAGCUAACUACGCGUGAAAAUCUUGAGCUAAUAAUGCAAAAGGUAGAUGAAAUGGAUAUAAUAAGCGAGGAACAAGAGAAAUCUCAAGCCGAGCCCUCACCUGAGGCUACAGCGGUUAGCACUGACCCCGAAGCAGCAGCCUGCACUAAACCGCGACGUCGGAAGAAGUCGAAGGAGCAAUUUACGCGUAGCAUUGACGAGCCGUUCGCUGACUUGGCCGAGGCAAGCAGCAUGCCACAUGGCAGCAAUUCCUUGACUAAUCUUAUGCAAACCUCCUGGUCCGCUGACCUCAACUCAAUGGAUAAUCUGUCGUCUCACAGCUUUCAAAGAUCCGUGAGCAUGGUCAGUUCAACGAGCUCUACAUUGCGUUCUCCUCUGACCGAUCGCUGCAGUUACAAUGCCCUACUCCGCAAGCAUGAGCGCAAUCGCGAAGCAGGAUGGUCUGAGAUUUGGGAAAAGUUUUGCGCCAGCGCCUCUGCGUUAAAUGUCACCCAACAACAACAGCAACAGCGAGAGAGCGAGAGUACAAUAGCGGAGGAUCUGAGCGACCUAGCCUCUUUGGAUAGUCACACCAACUCGGACUUUGAGCUGGUAACCUCCAACUUUGACAUGGCCGAACUGCAGCAAAUGGUGGCCCAGUUGUGCCAGAUGCCUCGUGAACUUGGACUGAAUGCACAGGGCUUUCUGUGCAAGAGCUGUCAGUAUCCACUCGGCAUUGGUCAUGCUAAGUAUCAAGUUUGCGCCUUCAGUGGAGAUUACUAUUGUAAUAGCUGCAUGGACGUGGAGACUGUGCUUAUACCAGCACGCAUCAUUUAUAAUUGGGACUUUCGCAAGUACAAUGUGUCCAAACGAGCAGCCACCUUUCUGGCCGAGUUUCGAGCACAGCCUUUCAUAGACCUGCAGCUACUGAAUCCCAGCAUUUAUCACGCAUCCGAAGCCAUGGCGGAGCUGCAAUCGUUGCGCAUACGCCUCAACUUUAUACGUGCUUACCUGUACACCUGUGCGCCCUCCAGUAUUGAGUUGCUGCAGCGUCAGUUCUGCGGUCGGGAAUAUCUCUACGAGCACAUACACCAAUACUCAAUAGCAGACUUGGGACAUAUUCAACGCGGCGUUCUCUGCCAACAGCUGCAAAAAGCUUACAAAGUCGGGGAGGCGCAUGUGCUCAAAUGUCAUCUGUGCCAAUUGAAGGGCUUUAUUUGUGAAAUAUGCCAGGGACAACGAGUGCUUUAUCCAUUUCACAUAGAUACGACAUUUCGGUGCGAAACUUGUGGUGCUGUCUUUCAUUCUCAUUGCCUCAACGAUCAGCAGCCUUGUCCAAAAUGUGAACGCCGACGCAAGCGCGAGGAUCAGCCGCUGCAGGAGGUGGUGGAGAACUUAAAGCUAAAACAUGAACAGAUGGCCUAGAUUGACUUGAAAUAUGCAUUCAUAGCUUGUAAGAUAAAAAAGUGCUAUUGUUUUGUUUAAGGGGUUUAUAUUUAAUUCAAUUUAACCAAGGCCUUAAAAUAAGUUGUAAAUGUUGUUAUUACUCAAAAUGUUAUGGUAUUAUGAAUUGGCUUUGUUCGUAUGGGAAUAACAUAGAAUCGGGUGCAGAAUAACAUAUUUCAAGUCAAGCUUGCUUUUGUUUUAGCAAAACAAAUAUUAUAUCGAUGCAUUUUUGUGAAUAUGCCCGCCUCUAAAAUUGAAAUAAAUAAAUUUAACAAUUGUUUUAGCGUUUUAAUUUAUUUAUACACGUUUUGUAAUUACAAUACAAUAUGAUAACGACAAUGAAUUUUGUAAAGAUUUGUGUUACAUUUUCAUCAACGAAUAGCGCUGCAUGACACGAUAAUGGCUUCGAAAAAUGCCGUAUAGAAAAAACUACAAUACAAUAGUAACAACAAAGUGGUCUCUUAUGAAACAAUGAUUUUAUUUGUUAAUGAAUAUUAUUGUUAUUUAAGAUAUUGCCAAACUUUUAACAUAUGAUUUACGUUUAAAAUUGUUUCAGAAUAGUUACAAAUUAUCACAAAAUACUGAUCAACGAUUUUCUAUUAAACAAAUAAGAUCAAUACCAAUAGAUGAAAAUGUGAAAUGUUGCAAUUGUGUGUAUAUUUGGGGCUACUUGUUUGUGACAGUUGUUGGUGGGCACCAAGCACUAAAAUAUCUCCACAUCGGAAUCUCGUUUGAACCAUAACAAUCCUCCUAAUCGUUGCAAAGUGUGAGAGUUUCACUCGCAAAUAUAGGAUACAAAUUGGAAAAUAUCCAUAUACUACUUUUUGCAGCGAAUAUUGCAAGACACUUUUGAAAACAAAUAUUGGUGUUAUUAAAUAUCCCAUUUAUCUCAAUUCUCAUUCAUGUAGUUGAAGUGUGUCAAGUUCCAAGCUAUUCUGUGGGCUUAUUGCUAACUAAAAAUAGCAAAGAUAUACGUAUAAUUGUCCUCGUGCCUUGGUAGUUAAUAUUUUUGUGCUCUCUAUUUGGAUGUAGAUAGUACGUACUUGUAGAAUGUACAUAUGUGUGUACGACAUUGGCUAUUGACUAUUGGCUACUAUAAAUAUUUGAAUGCGGCUUUAAGGUUAACAUUGGUUACAAAUCGCAUAAGUUUUCAGUCUAGUUAGAGAGACGAUGCCCACAUAUUGUUCAUAUACAAAUACACACUUAUACUCGUAUGUAUGUACAUACUUGUACACCCAUAUGAAAUGGGAUUUAAGGGUCUUAGCUACCCUAAUGUUGCAUUACGUUAGUAAUUAUUUAAUUUCACUAAACUUAAAGUGCGCUAAUUAGAAUUUAAAUAAUUGCGUUUAAUAUAUAUACAACUUUAGAACUCGGUUUUUCAUGUUGCUGUUAAAGUCAAUAGCAUUUCUAACUCAUAGUCCGUUCCUUUACCAUUCUUUUCACAAUAGUUUCUUUUUAUUUGAUUAGAUUCAGUUUACCGCAUACGAUUUAGAUGUUAAUCCAGCUGUAUUAAAACCGGCACGGGCCCCUUCUUUUAGUUUUUUUUUUU